CGCGACCAGACCAGCACCGUUAUAACGGGUACCGUCAGUUACCGUUUCCCCGUUAAACAGCUUCAGGAGCUAACAGCUAACGAUUGAUUGACAGCAAAGCGUUCCAAUGAUGGAGGAGCUUCAUGACGUCCAGCUGACGGAGAUCAAACCACUGCUGACCGGACAGAACGGCAGAAAUCUUCAGGACUUUGACUGUCAGGAACACGAUGUGGAGACGGCUCACGGUGUGCUGCACGUUACCAUGAGAGGGGUUGCUAGGGGCAACCGACCUACAAUCCUCACCUACCAUGACGUCGGACUCAACCACAAGUCUUGUUUCAACAGCCUGUUUAACUAUGAGGACAUGCAGGAGGUGACGCAGCAUUUCUCAGUUCUGCAUGUUGAUGCUCCGGGACAGCAGGAGAACGCUCCCAUAUUCCCUACUGGGUAUCAGUACCCCACCAUGGACGAGCUGGCUGAGAUGCUGCCGGCUGUUAUGACACAACUGGAGGUGAAGACUGUGAUAGGUAUCGGGGUUGGAGCAGGAGCGUACAUCCUCACCAAACUGGCUCUGAAUGAACCGAGCCUGGUUGAAGGUUUACUGCUCAUCAACGUAGACCCCUGUGCUAAAGGCUGGGUGGACUGGGCUGCCUCCAAGCUGAGCGUCUGGACCAACAGCCUGGUGGACACGAUCAUGGGACAUCACUUCAGCACUGAUGAGUUAACAGACAAUCAGGAGCUCGUCCAGACGUACAGACUCCACAUCUCAGAGGAUGUACCGCAGGACAACCUGGCCAUGUUCUACAACAGCUACGACAGUCGUACUGAGAUACAGAUGGAGCGGCCGAUCCCCGGUCUGAAUGAAGACACAGUCACUACACUCAGGUGUCCUGCCCUGCUGGUGGUUGGAGACAUGUCGCCUGCUGUUGAUGCUGUGGUGGAGUGUAACUCCAGACUGAACCCCACUAAGACGACCCUGCUGAAGAUGGCAGACUGUGGAGGACUCCCUCAGGUGGUCCAGCCGGGGAAACUGUCGGAGGCCUUCCAGUACUUCGUCCAGGGGAUGGGCUACAUGCCUACAGUUGGUAUGACCCGGUUGGUCCGCUGCAGGACUCACUCAGCCUCCAGCGACGCCACUGACGGCGUCCGGAGCCGCAGUUCCACCAACAUCCUGCCAGAGGGCGCCGAGCUGCCAGCACACACCGUCCACCUGUCUGCAUAG